GGCGUUCAAGUUUGUUGUGGUUUGUUGUUUGUUUGUGUUUGAGUCAACUCCCACGCCAGUUCAGAUGGUGGCGCUAACGCACCUCAAGCUGUUUUUCAAACCAACGAAGAAGGAUCUCGGAGAAGGACCCGCAGGAACAGUCUACACGCCAAAAUGAAUGCACCGCCGGCAUUUGAGUCGUUUUUGUUGUAUGAUGGAGAAAAGAAAAUCACAAUAAUGAAGGACACGAAGGUGCCGAAUGCGUGUUUGUUCACUCUCAACAAAGAAGACCACACUCUUGGAAACAUCAUCAGAUCGCAGUUGCUGAAGGAUCCUCAGGUUCUGUUUGCUGGCUACAAGGUUCCGCACCCCCUGGAGCACAAGAUCGUGAUCCGCGUGCAGACGACCCCGGACUACAGCCCCCAGGAGGCCUUCACCAACGCCAUCACCGAUCUCAUCAGCGAGCUCUCACUGCUGGAGGAGAGGUUUAAGGUGGCCAUUCGUGAGAAGCAGGAGGGUAUCGAGUGAAGCGAGCCGUAUGGAGUUCCUGAAGUGUUUGUUUGUAUGUCAUGUGGACCCCAUCGAUCCCUUUCAAAAUCAGAUGUCAGUAACAACUGUUGAAACAACCGUUUUCUGUUUUCAUCACUGACGCAUGGUUCUUAUAUCAUGGAAGAUAUAACAUUUAUAUUUUGUGAGGUGUCUGUAAAUAAGUUUUUUUUUUUAAUAAACAAUAAGUAAAACUUA